AGACACUGCGUAGGGUAGGAGGCCGUAGGGACAAUCGUGAUUGCCUUGUAUGGUCAAAUGUAUGUUUUAGUUUGAUUUUCAUGGUUAUUUGACAGCUCCAGAAAAUUACUACAUGUUAUCUAUUAACAGUGAAAUGAGUGAAAGCUUAGAAGUGAAGGAUUGGUAAAGACAUUUUGUCAUCAGUGCAAACUGCUAAUGCAAAUAAGCGCCACAUCAUGAAUGUUGUGAGCUCAAGAAUAAUAUGUUUUCAACUAUUUGAUAUUUUUGACACAUCUCUGAACAAAAUCUGCAAUCACUUGUGGUAGAGAAGAAUCAAAUUGAAUGCACAGCUUCUAUGAAAUCAAUGUUUAUUUCUUCCAUUUGAAAAUCGUCGGGAAAUCAGUUUGUUUUUGUUUUGGCAUAAGUCUGUGAAAGGACCGUUUUGCAAAAUUAUUUGCAAUGAAGAACGAACGUGAAAAGUGAUUUUGAUUCUGAAUUUUUCAGAUAUAAAGAGUCGGCAUUAUGUACAGAUUCGUGGAAGAUAUUACAUAGGUUGGUGGCAAGAAUGCGCAGACGGGAACGAUGAAUGAGAUCAAAGAGGCUGUAAAUGAUUACAAAGUUGCACAUUGCUGUGUAAUAUUUACUUAGUUUCUCCUAUUUACUUGGAAAUUUUAUCAAGAAAAAAUCAUGGCUGAGACUACGCUAUGUGAAGAGUUUCCACUACACAAGUGUGUUUUUCAUGGGGAUGUAAAAACCUUGAGUUCGCUGAUUCGAACACACGAUAUCGCUCAGAAGGAUAGACAAGGAAAUACACCUUUACACUUGGCUGUGAUGUUAGGAAGGAAAGAAUGUGUUCAACUGCUGCUUGCCCAUGGUGUUCCCGUUAAAGUAAAAAACUUAGCUGGGUGGAGUCCACUAGCAGAAGCUAUUAGUUAUGGAGAUAGGCAGACCAUAUCAUCCCUAGUAAGAAAAUUGAAACUGCAAGCAAGGGAGCAAAUGGAAGAACGCCGACCAAAUUUAGUGACAGCAUUACGACAAAUGGGUGAUUUUUAUAUGGAACUUAAAUGGGAUUUUCAAAGUUGGGUUCCACUGGUGUCCAGAAUAUUACCAUCAGAUAUAUGCCGGAUUCAUAAAAGCGGAUCAUCAAUUAGAAUGGAUACAACUCUUGUAGAUUUCAAUGAUAUGCGAUGGGAACGAGGGGAUAUAUCAUUUAUUUUCAACGGCGACCAAAAACCUAGUAAAUCGCUCACAGUCCUCGAUAAUAAAGCAAAACUUUAUCAGAGAGUGAGAUAUGAGGAAACAGAACUUGAAAUCGAAGAUGAAGUAGACAUAUUAAUGUCUAGUGACAUAAUGGCAGCACAAAUGUCAACAAAGGGUAUUUCAUUUUCAAGAGCUCAGACAGGAUGGAUUUUUCGAGAAGACAGGAGGGAAAUGGUGGGCCCAUUUAAUGCAGAUUUUUAUCAAAUCAAUGGUAUGGUUUUGGAGAGCAGAAAAAGGAGAGAGCAUUUGAGCGAAGAAGAUUUACAGAAAAAUAAAGCAAUUAUGGAAUCUUUAACCAAAGGCAGUUCUCAGGGAUUCAAAAAUGGAGAGCCUCCGGUAAGAAGAGCUUCAUUAAAUCCUCCUCCAGAGUCAGAUAUCUCCUGGGAAGAGUAUCUUGCAGCUUCUCCAGGCCAAUGUCCAUUGUUAGGAAGAAAUUUGGUAUAUAAAGAAAGCAGCAAAUCUUUCAAAGCAACUGUAGCGAUGAGUCCGGACUUUCCAUUGACAGUUGAUAUGUUGCUCAACGUUCUCGAGGUCAUAGCACCGUUCAAGCAUUUCAGCAAAUUGAGACAAUUCGUGCUGAUGAAGUUGCCUCCUGGUUUUCCAGUCAAGAUAGACAUUCCUAUUCUACCAACUGUAACAGCAAAAAUAACAUUUCAAGAAUUCGCAUUCCGAAACGACAUCGAUGCUGAAUUGUUUCAAGUGCCAUCAGAUUAUUUUGAAGAUCCUAUGAGAUUUCCAGAUUUAUGACGCUUCGACACCCUAACACUAAUCGAGAUCAAUUAUCGGACCGGUUCAGGGCUGCUUUCUUUGCUAGGGGAUCGGCUGGCAUUCGAGUUUCCUCUUGGGGCCAGUCUUGGCAGCAUCUAUUCAAGUUACUGUGUACUGAUCAUAGAGUGAUUUUCAUUUUAAUUUCUGAUUCGAAAACCUUUUUAUUUUAUUUUAUUUUUUUAAAAUACCUACAUAUUGAAGGUGAAGAGGGCUAAAUUUUAUUCAAAGAAGCUUGUUGCUAAAGUUAAACGACGACAAUUGUAUCAAUGACACAUGCUUUUCAAUCUCAUAUUGAAUAUGUAGGACAUAUAAGAGUUAGAGCUUCAACGGAACGAUUAUCGAAAAUGAUAAUUUGAUAAGUUUCCGCCACUGUAAUUUUAGCAUUUGACAAUACAAGAGAACAAUUUUGCACUCUUCACUUUGAAGCUUUAGUAUUAGGGAUGGGCGACUUUCGAAAAAAAAGCAUAAAAAAAAAAUCGGUUCUCGAAAAUCGAUUGCCAAAAGUGACGAUUCGAUUUUUCCGAUUAAUCGAUCUUAAGUAAUCGAUUGUUGAAUCAAAAUUUUUAAAUAUAAUUAUUUUUUAUCGAUGAUAACAAAUAAUUAAUCUUUU